GGGGGUAAAAAGAAAUUAAUGAAGAUGUCCGUCCAUUAGCCAAGCAAUUGAUUGAUUUUUUUUGAGUGUGUUGUUCAUCGAGAGAGAGUUUGUUUGUGCUUCUUCUUCUUCUUCAGGUUGCCCUAAUUUGAAAUCGUAAAUUGAAUCGGAGCUCCAUGCCUAUCAAAUGGGUUUUGCCCUGGCAGCCGAAUGCAGGGCAUACGGUGAACAGUCAAAUACUGGCGGAGGUAUCCCAGUGUGUUGUUGAGAGCAUCAACGGUCUCAAGGAGGGUAAAUGGAAAGCUACCCUCAGCUUCUACAGGCCUCUUCUCAAAGAUCAAGCAAAUGCAGCAGAAUUCCCCCGUGAUUUUUUGGGAAUUUCACUCCCUGAGCAGCCCAAUAAGUAUUACUUUGUCUUAAGAGGACAUCGCUUAGUUGUUGAAGCAGAUUCCACUAUCCAAACUAUAAUGGAGAAACUUCAGUCUUACAAAACCAGAGUCGCACUCAAUUUUGAGGGAUUUCAAUAUCAGCUUGGUGAUUUCCAGUUGAGGGUUGGUAAAGUCGUUUCAAUUCAAUCCGAAAGCUUAAGGGGCAUUGUUAUGGAGAUGGAAUACAAGCCGAGUUCUUCAUGGGAAAAGUCCCACAAAAUCAUGGGCGAGUUUUUCGACAUAUGGCAAGAAGCUUUGUCGAAACGACAGUUGCCGGGUCAUUUUGUACACAUGGAACCGAAUUUUGGAGAGUACGGGCUCUCUGGGCAAUACACACUGCAACACACAGCUGUUCAGUAUGCCACACUUAUGCUGCAGAUGAUUGCUUCUGUUCAAGCAGUUAGAAACUAGAACUGAACUGAACGGGGUUACAGUCAUUUGUUUUUAUUUUAUUUUGUUCUCAAAUUAAAGACAAUUAGUGUGCUGUUUUAAUUAUGUAAACUGGUUUAGCUAUAAGCUCAUAAAUUUGAACUGUUUUUGACCAAUCA